CCAGAUCCUGCUCCUGUUUUGUCCCCAUCCCUUUACCAAGAUCCUACUCCUGUUUUGUCCCCAUCGCUCUAUCCAGAUCCUACUCCUCUUUUGUCCCCAUCCCUCUAUCCAGAUCCUACUCCUGUUUUGUCCCCAUCCCUCUAUCCAGAUCCUACUCCUGUUUUGUCCCCAUCCCUCUAUCCAGAUCCUACUCCUGUUUUGUCCCCAUCCCAUUACCCAGAUCCUACUCGUGUUUUGUCCCCAUCCCUUUACCCAGAUCCUACUCCUGUUUUGUCCCCAUCCCUCUAUCCAGAUCCUACUCCUGUUUUGUCCCCAUCCCAUUACCCAGAUCCUACUCGUGUUUUGUCCCCAUCCCUUUACCCAGAUCCUACUCCUGUUUUGUCCCCAUCCCUCUAUCCAGAUCCUACUCCUGUUUUGUCCUCAUCCCUCUAUCCAGAUCCUACUCCUGUUUUGUUCCUGACUUGAAGAUGUCAGGUGAUAUUCUCACACCUUGGCUCACAGACCAUCAGAGCUGUCCAGAUAUUAAAGGACCUUUCAUUGCUGGAGCUCCAAAGAAGAUCUGGAGCACCAUUCGCAGACAUAACAAUGCUACUCUUCUGACCCAAGAGCAGUUCCAACUUUUAAGCUCUCUUGAGAAGAAUAUUUACAUCAAUAAUAACAUUCCCUGGAAAUCUUACCUUGAACUGAAGACCUAUCAGAUAAAAGCAGAAGUCCUGCUAAAUCAAGGCCUCACAGAAGAAGCACUUGUGAUGUAUCACAAAUUUUCAACACUCUUUAUGGAGAAACUCAGAAAAGGCCCGAAAAAGUGUCUUUCAGCUCGAAUAAGAUCCAAAAUCAACAAGAUUAUAAAUUACAUUUUUGAAAAAGCUGAGAGCCUUAAAUUCACACUCCGAAGAAAUCAUUAUAAGGAGCAUGAAGGCUACCUAGAUAAGAAGAAAAGAAAAGAGGAAGAGGCAAAAACCAAGGCGUUCUGGAAGCAUAGAAAAAAUCAUGGACAAAACUCCCGAGACUUCCCCAAAUUCAGCUCUCUUCUACACAGACUUGUGAGUCGUGGAAAGGUGGGCCCCAGCCUGACACCAACACCUAGAGAGGCUGAAGAGCCUUCAGGAGGAAGCACACCUGUGAAACAAACAGUGGUGUGUGGCCCACAGGAAGCCUUCGAGGAGAUAACCCCCACCCCUUCAGCAGACACUCCUGGGGAGACUAAGGUGGUGAAAAGCCCAGGUGAGUCACCACAGGUCCAUGACUUGGAAAUGACUUGUGUAGAAGUGCUUCCCAUUGUGCCUGGGUCAGCCACACAAAACUGAGACUGCAGCUCUCCAGUAAAGUAAGGCGGUGCUGGUGCACAGGUGUCUGAGGUCUAGAGCACUGAGCAACACAGAGAACGUCCCUUCCCCUUGUCCAUGUCCUCAGCCGUUUGCUUCCACGGAUCCACUUUGCUGUGGUAACAGAACCUCCUGUGAUGAGUGUUGUCUCGUUCCUUCCUGCCAUCUGACUGUCUUGUCAAAAUAACC